UUAAGGGACUUUAUAGGUGAUGGAUGCGACCUCAGAGCUGCACAAAGGAGCAGAUUGGUAAAGUCAUCAUCUUGGAGCAGUACCUCCGGGUGCUACAUCCUGAUAUCCGCACCUGGGUUAAGGAACACAAUCACCAGACUGGAGAAGAGGCAGCGGACUUGGCAGAACGCUACACAGCUGCUCACCGGGAGCCCUUGGAGAAAAGAAUGACUAUUGGUAAGCCAAUGUUUGGAGAGAGCAAACCUUGCAGUUUCCCUGUUAUGGACAGUGUGGACACUGGGGCCGAUCUACUCUGAUAGGCUGAUUUGAACUGGAGAGAAGGCAGCAGG